AUGAUGGUCGGCUAUGAGAAAAUUGAGGAGAUGGCGAGUUUCUUUAUCGGAAAACUUGGGCCCUUCUUAUUUUAAAAUAAGAAGGGCCCAAUUUUUGGCAUGCUGGAAAAGUCGCUCGGCUCGGUCGGCCUUUUUUGGAAAACUAGGCCGCGCCGCAAUUUUGCUCCAUGGAAAAUCGAAUUUCAGACUUUUUUCUAUAUUUUACCUUUCUUUUUAUCAGUUUUCUAGGAUAUGGGACAUAUGCUCCUCACAAACAACUGUUCCUUAUUUAUUAUCGUUUUUCUCGGUAAUGUUUUACGUUUUACUGGAUGUAAUUUUGUUUCUUGCCUUUUUGUGUAUAUUUUACAAAUUAUCUCAUUUUUCGAUAACUUAUGAUUCUUAAUUUCGCUCUUUUUGGUUAUAUGAAGUUAUUUUUGAAUCUAAAAAAAUAAAUAAGAAUUCUUAAAAAAACUGAAUCAGUUUAUAAUUUUGAAUGUAGUAACCAUCGUAUUUUUGCUCGCGAAAAACGAUAGACUCGAAUGAGAAAAAGGGAAAACCUUCUUGGUAAAAUUUAAAAAGAAAGAAAAAGUCAGAAAAGAAAAAAACAGUUGGAAAUUUGGAUUGUUCCAUGGAGCAAAAUUGGGGCGUGGCCUAGUUUUCCAAACCGACCGAACCGACCGACUUUUCCAGCAUGCCUCUUAUUUUGGGAUUCUAGUCCUCGGCCUUCCGGGUGCUCUCGAUUUGUGAGCUGGUGCAGCAAUGUCGAGCUCGCGGCCUCGGUCGUCUUCAGCAGCGCAAAAGGCCUCGACUUGAGGUUUUCGAUGUCUGAAAGGUCUUUGGAACCCGAAAAUUCCAGAGAAGUCUAUACAUCGGCUACUUCUCAGAGUGUAUUCGAUGUGCUUGGUAUGUUAAACGAGCUCAAAUAAAAUAAUUUUUUUCUGAAUUUUUUUCUAAUAUUUUUUUAAUUUAAACUUGACCACUGAUUUCGACCUGUCGACCAAGUUUUUUUUUUUUGAAACACUUGCAAAGUCGAAAUGGUAAAUAAUGGCCGCUAAAGGGAGAGGCUCAAAAAAGGCCGCAAAGAAGCCGCGAAAAUGCAGCAAAAAGGCAGCUAAAAAACCGCAGAAAGGUCGCUAAAAGGCCGCUAAAAGGCAGCGAAAAGGCAGCAAAGAAAGUUCCUUCCUGGCUCAAAAGGCUUAAGAAAUGAUGGAAAAGGGAGAGGCAGCAAAAAUUGUGCGUAAGAGCCGAUGAAAGGGCGCAAUAAGGCAGCAAAAAAGGUAUCUUUUUCACCCUAAAAAGAACAUUUCUAUGGAGCUUUUUUCUAUCUUUUCCGACUUUGCCUAUGUUUUCUCCGUGACUUAUACGCACAAACUUAAAUUUUUGAAUUAUUUAGGUAUUUUCUACAAAAAUUUUGCGCAUAAAACUCUAUAAAGGAGAGGCUGAAAAAAGGCCGCAAAGAGGCCGCAGAAAGGCUGCAAAGGUAGCAAAGAGAGUUCCUUCAUGGCUAUAAAAGGCUCAAGAAAUGAUGGAAAAGGGUGAGGCAGCAAAAAUGGUGCAUAAGAGCCGAUGAAAGGGCGCAAUAAGGCAGCAAAAAAGGUACCUUUGUCACCCUAAAAAGAACAUUUCUAUGGAGCCUUUUCCCAACCUUUUCAAAUUUACCCAUCAAAGUCAAAAAAUAUUUCCGCUGAUCCCAAUUAUGGGCAAUAUUUGCAGUGUCCUGGGCAUUUUCUUGAUGCUGUUGAUGAUACGCUACGGCUGGUUCUCGUUGAUGCUGGAAGGACAGAAGAACUUUUCGCAAGAAGUUCUCAACUCGGUGAGUCGGAAGGUCGCCUCGUCGAAAACCCCGAACAGAUCUACUUCGGCUUGAUGGUGUGGCUGUUCCUGUGCGUCGCCGUCCUCGUCACCUCCUUCUUCAUGAUCUCGACGUACUACGGUCAGCGGCCGUACAGCGUCGCCUCUUCGUUUUCCAUCAACUUGGUCUUUUCGGUCGCUUUCUUGGCAUUUCUGGCCCAUGUCGGUUUAUCGCGCCCAAAAACUUCAUUUUAUACGCCUUCGCUCAGCGAUUUACGAGAGCAAUGCGGAGACCUACGUCAAAGAACUUUUGGUGACGACGCUCCUUCCUUACGGCAUCAACGGGGAUAAUUUCCAGAACUUCCAGUCACAGUUUUCGGUCAUUUUUCGAAUAUCUCAUUUUCAGCAUACUCGGAAUGAUGGACGAUGGCCGCUAAAAAAGGCAGCAAAAAAGCAGCAAAAAGAGUCCCUUUGUAGCUUUCCAUUUUUAUGGAUUUUCAAAGGCUCUUGAAAUGGUGAAAAGAAAAGGCAGCAAAAAUGGUGUCAAAAGGCGAAAUCGGAAAGGGUUAAAAAAGGCUCCAUAGAAAUGCUCCUUUUAAUUUUUGUUAAAAAAGUUAUUUUUAGAAGAAAAUGGUCAUCGAACCGUUUUGGAACGUUUUCUAUUCAAUUCAAUUCAAUUUGUUUAUUUUUCGCAACAUCGGGAUGGUAUGGUGAUGUUGCAGGGAGGGAAAAAAGACCACUAGGUGGAUUAACUAACCCCACCUGUGAAGAAAAAAAGUUUUUUUGUGUAAGAAAAAGAAACAUAGAACCAUAAUAAGUAGAUAUUUAAAAACCAAGUUGAUCAUGGCACAAAUCUGUGAACACUUGAAAGAAUAUGCUCGACGCCAACAUCUUCUGCAUACACUAAAAACAUGUCCUUAAAUUUUUUCUUGUCUUCCUCUGCCAAUAAUUCAUGUUCAAUGUCAUUCCAAACAUUAGUAAUGCGAUGUGAUAAGAAAUUGAAGAAAACCAGUGAAGGUUUCGUUUUUAUUAAUUUAAAACCAUUUCCUCUGAGCUGACUGGGACGGUCAAAGAUGAAAUUUCUACAUGUUCAUCAUGAUCCGUCAAAAAAGAUAUUGGCAAAAAACAAUAGCGGCAAAAAGAUUCGAACCUUCAUCAUAGGCUUCGCAAGCAACCGCUCUAGCCACUGCACCACGCUCCUAGCUGCCAUGCAAUGACUUUUGCUGCGGAGAUAUUCCUUCCGAACAGUGUCACGUGUUUAAGGACAAAAACUUUGAAAAAAUCAUAUCUCCAAAACGAAAAGUUUGCGCAGAUAGCGACUAUGCGGGAUCGAUUCCUAGUCCAUCAAAGAUCGUUUGAGAAAUUUUAUUGAAAAUUCCAAACCCUACGCAAAAAUGACCUUCCAUGUUAGGGUGACAAAGGUUCCUUUUUUGCUACCUUUUCGCCAUUCCAUCGGCCGUUAUGCACCAUUUUUUGCUGCCUCUCCAUUUUUCCACCAUUUUUAAAACCACAGAAAAAAAAAAUGGAAGGCUUCACGGCGUUCUUUUGACGACGCCCCUCCCACAAUUUCCGUAAUAUUUGACGUCUUUUGUGCAUACACAGAACGACGCUAACUCGCAUACUCAUUAAAUUCAAAAAUAAUUAUUUUCCUCGAAAAAUAGGGUUUUUUCAAAACUAUAGACGUGGAAAAAAUCGAUCCUUUCACAAUUCCUUUUCUAGUUGGCAAAAAACAUUUGGGUGAAAGUUUUUCUUAUUUUCUGAACACUUUCAUACCUUUCAUCCUCAAAAAUUGGUUAAAGUCCUUUUUUUGAGUGAAAAAAACGUGGAAUUUUUGUGUCGAAAAAUGACUUAUUGUGGUUCUAUGUGUCUUUCCCGACUUAUUGAAAAAUUUAAAAAAAGUUUUUCUUUACAGAUUUAGUUUAGUUCAUCCACCUAGUGGUAUUUUUUUUCUCCUCUGCAACAUCGCCAUACCAUUCUGAUGUUGCGAAAAUGAAGAGAUUGAUUGAUUCGAAUAAAAAAAUUUAAUUUGACACUGAAAAUGUUGCUGAAAGGCUUUUUGCUUUAAAGGGAAAAAUUUGGUCAAAACACAGCAGUUAAUAUUGAAAAAUUGAAAAAAGUUCCUUCGCAUUUUGCUGUCGCAAUAAAAAAAUAAUUACCGUAAAUCAGUACAAAAACAGAUAAAGAUACAGCUGAAAUAAACAUGAAAAAUCACGUGAAGCACUUGAGCAACAAGAAAUUCAAAUGUUCGCGCGCAAGCUGUCUACCGUAAAUCUAGGUGGAGCAACCCUUCCAAGCCGCUCCACAUUUUCAAAAAUUUAACAUUUUCUUCCACUACGCAGAACGCCGUGGCUUGAUAAAGGGACUCUUUUUGCUGCCUUUCUGCGGCCUUUUCUGAGCUUUUCAUUGGUCAUUAUCCACCAUUCCGACUCUCCCCGAGAAACUAUAGUCUGUUCAGAUUUUGAGUGUCAAUUCGUCGCCCAAGCUCCGCCCAUAAUGGUGCGAUAGACCAAUCAGAGAGCGAGCCAUCCACAGAGCGUUUUCGAAUGACGUCAUUCUAUUUGACAUUCAAAAUGUGAACAGACUACACCUUUUUAACAUCACUGAGUCAUAAAUAGACAAACAAAAACGGACGCUCCCAGAACCCUUUAAAAACAAUCUUGUUUUACUUUCAGUGCUGCGGAUUGGAUUCACCCCAGGACUACUCAGAUCCCGGCUUCUUCGUUUACAAUAACACUGUGAGUUGCUCAAAAACGAAAUUGAUAACAUAACUCGGUUUCAGAUAGAAAACAAGGCUGUAAGAACGAAAAACAACAUGGACUGGAUGUUUAUAGGCCACAACUCGACUUUUAUCCGCUUCUUGCCCAGAGGCUGUUGUCCGAAGAUUAAGUUUCCGGAAAACUCCCAGAAAGAAUGUGAUGUUCUGUUUGCAGCUCUCACUGCAGCGCGAUACGCGUGAGUGCCGUGGCUGUUGAGGAGAUAAAGAGGAUGAUCGCCGCGGAUGAUUACGGUGCCGUUUUACCGUACCUGGAGAUCCCUAAGUUGGAGAUUUCCUCUUUUGAGUUUGUAGUCUCCUUUUUUCCAGAGAAGGAAGUUUCCACCGCAAAGGCUGCGUUCCUUGGGCCAUCCAGAAGAACGAAACCAUUCUUGUUCUGAUUAAGCUCUUCGCCUGCAUCUUCGCCUUCUUCACCGUCGUCACCACUGCAUUCAUCAUCAUUCUGAUUCUUUACCAUGGCUCCCUCGGCCGCGUCAUCAGCUACAAUACUGUAAUUUUUACUUUAGAUUUUUUUCUCAGGAAAAAGUUGGGAAGCUUCUGUUUUCCGUUCCUCAAAUGCGUAUGGAAGCUUUCCAGCAAGUGGUCAAACGCCUUCCUCAUAGCUUCCCAACACCUAGAAAAAAGCCUGCCGGAAAACUUCCAGCAGGCUUCUAGAAGGCUUCUGGCAGGCAUUUACCAUUUUCACCUUCCAACUACCUUCUGAACCUCUUUCAAAGACCUUCUAGCUUCCUAGGGGCCACUAUAGGGUGUUGACGUUUUAGUGGCCACUAUAGAGGUCUCAGUGCUACUACUAGACCACGUUUUAGUGGCCACUUUAGGGGUCAAUGGAUCAUCGUAACUGGUGUUUGUUCUAAAAUUAUCAGAGUUACUGGAAGGAAUACUGAAUGAAAAACUACUGAAGUGGCCACUAAAUAGAAAACCUCUAUAGUGGCCACUAAAACGGAAAAUAGUGGCCACUAUAGUCUAUAGAGGUGGGUUUAGUGGCCACUUUAGAGUCCUCUCCAAGUAAUAGCCUCUAUAAUGGCCACUAAAAAUUUUCCCAGUCCAUUCCCCUACCAACCUCCUGCUGGUUACUUUCUGAACAUCUUCCGAAGAUUUGUCUGAGCUUCAGGUUGCAGAGCAAGAAAAAGAAUUUCUCGCAAUAGAUCUGGUUUACGAGACGCUUUGAAAAAAGUUCUCCUGUCGAAUGAAAAAAAAAAACUAACAAGGGAAGUGUUUUUGGUGGCCGGUUGAACUUUUGUUGAAACUUUGCUGAAAGGUACUAUAAGACCUCCUCUUUCCAAAACACAAAUAAAAUUUCUCGCAAUAGAUCUCGUUUUCGAGUUAUGAAACUUCAAAGUUUACACGCUGAAUAAGUGCUGCAAGGCAAGAGGGAAUCUGGCUCGCGUACGAUCUCUCUACUCCAGUUGGCAGCGUGGUGUAGUGGCUAGCGUCCCUGCACUGCGGUGUCUAUGACCGGGGUUCGAAGCCUUUUGAAGAAAUUUUUUUUUUGCCCAAACUUACCUAGGAGGAAUUUAUCGACAUUGGGGAAAUGGACCGAAAAUUUCCUUCCAAAAUAACAUAGUUUCUCAUUUUACUCGAUUUUCCAAGACUUUCGACAGACAUUUUCCUUUGGCUCAUAGGCAUGAUCAAUAGAUCGGUUUCUUUAUAUUUUUUUUCAAGAAUUUAAGGGAGAUUACUCAUCUUUCUGUGGUGUAAGCUUUUAUUUGAUUCUUUUUAAAUUAUCAACUGGAGUGAAACGCUGAUGAAAAGGCCCGUAGAAAUUUUUCCCAAAAAGAGGGACUAUUAAUCAUGUUUAUAAGCGAAAGAAAUCUUUUUAAUCAGUAUACCGAAUCAAAAUGAAAAAAAAGAUAAUAAUAGGGAAAAAAAGUUUAUGGGUUUUAUUAAUGUCGAUAAAUUCUUCCUAGGAAUGUUUUGGCAAAAACGAAUUUCUUCAAAAAGUUUCGAACGCCGGUCAUAGACACUGUAGUGCAAGGGCGCUAGCCACUACACCACGUAGCCAACUGGAGUAGAGGGAUUGUACGCGAGCCAGAUUCCCUCUUGCCCUGCAGCACUCAUUCAGCGUGCAAACUUUGAAGCUUCAUAACUCGAAAACGAGAUCUAUUGCGAGAAAUUUUAUUCGUGUUUUGGAAAGAGGAGGUCUUAUAGUACCUUUCAGCAAAGUUUCAUCAAAAGUUCAACCGGCCACCAAAAACACUUCCCUUGUAAGUAUAGUGUGUGCCACGAAUUGAAAUUUCACCGAACGACAUUUCGCUGUUCGGCUGCGUGCGUUCGCGAAGCGUCUUUCGAAUCUUGGUCACGCUUUCAAUUGAUUGUUAUUGCUGUGGUAGCACAUGAAAGUAGAGUACCUUAAUAAAAGAAAAAAAAAAUUAAAAGCGCGACCAAUGUUCUCAAAGGCGCGCAGCGGCACAGCGGAAUGUCGUUUGGCGAAAUUCCAAGUCGAGGUACACAGGCUAACAUUCUGGAGCCUCAGGUUCACGAUUCGACGCGUUGCACGGGCGUUUGGUUCUUCAUGUACCUGGAUCAACCUUCCUCAGAGUUUGACGUCCAUAUAUUCCGUCCUUCAUUUCAAAUCUUGCAGAGAAGACUACGAUCUGGAUGACUUCAGUCUAAUCGAAAUGCUCAAAAAGUCGAACAUCGAUAACAUCAUCAGAGGUAACGAGUCGUUGAAAGCCGAUAACUUGGGUAUUUUCAGAUCCCGAAGAGCCAAAAAUAACGCUCAACAAAAGCCGAUGA